AAAAUAAAAUAAAAAAUAGAGAGAGCCAAACCGUUAAUUUCUCUCUCCACUAAAAGGGGCAAAUCGAAGAGAGGAGAGGAUACUACUGAACUGUAUUAGUGAGAAAAGAGAUUACAAAACCCUAGAAAAAAUAAUAAUUAGGGUUUUAAUUCGAUUUACUUCAGUUUGAUUUAAUUUUUGUAACUGAAGAUUGAAAUUAAAGAAGUGUAUAUUUAAUGGAUUUGGUAUUUAGAAGUGGAUGUUGUUUGUACAUUGAUGGUUGAUUUUGUUUUUAUAUUUUUGAGAGUAUAAAUGCUUCUUGGGAGAUCUUUCUCAUCUUGGUUCCAUCAGAUUCUUGCAUGCAUGGGAGGUUGUCUUGGAUGUUGUACAAAGCCCGCACCAAUUAUUGCUGUGGAUGAGCCAUCAAAGGGACUGAGAAUUCAAGGGCGAACUGUGAAGAAACCCAGUAUAUCAGAGGAUUUUUGGAGCACUAGCACGUGUGAGAUGGACAACAGUGCAAUUCAGUCUCAACGUAGCGUCUCAUCGAUCAGCACAUCAAACCAAAUUCUAGAUUCCCAGAGUGGAGCUGGCAGCACAAGCAAUCCACCUGAAUUUGUUAAUCAUGGUCUUCUUCUCUGGAAUCAAACUAGGCAGCAGUGGGUAGGAAACAGAAAUUCUGGUAACCCAACACCACAGGUUCAAGAGCCGAGGUUAAGCUGGAAUGCAACCUACGAUAGUUUACUUGGAACCAACAAGCUUUUCCCCCAGCCCAUACCUCUCUCUGAAAUGGUAGACUUUCUUGUGGAUGUUUGGGAGCAAGAGGGGAUGUACGACUGAAGUAUUGUGUAACACGCUUGGUUGGAAAAGGUUUCCCUGUGUUUACUCUGAAAGGUUUCCUCGUCUUUAUUUAUACUUUCAGGGUAUGGGGGUAAGAACGAUAACAAAAAAAGAAGAAAUUAUUAGAGGAAAUAGGGUAAUUUGUACCUGAUCAACUGUAAUAUUCAUAUAUGUUUUUUUUUUUUUUUUUUUGCUAAAUCACAUGAAUUGAGGAGAAAAUUACAUCAAGGAAAAAUACUAAAAAACAGGCCAAACUACAUA